AUGUUGCGAGCAUGUGGGUACUUUGGUGAUCAAGAAUGGAUGUACCUGAGGUCAUCAAGGUUUAACCCGUUAUCACGCAUAUUAGAUGACAAUAGGCUCACUGGACCUAACUUUUAUGAUUGGCUAAGGAAUUUGAGAAUUGUUCUUAAUCUUGAGUGUAUAGGAUAUGUUCUUGAUUCUAAGAUUCCUAGUGCACUACCACCUAAGGCCACAGAAGAAGAACAUGACACUUUGAGAAAGUGGCAUGAAGAUGACAUGCAAGCCAAGUGCUAUGUGCUUGCUUCAAUAACUAAUCAGUUACAGAAGCAGCUUGAGAAAAUGCAAACAUCUUUUGAAAUUCUGAGUCACCUUCGAGAGUUGUUUGGUGAAAACAGUAGGUUGGCUAGAUAUGAGAUAUCUAAACAACUGUUCAGAAUGAAAAUUCAUGAAGGCCAAGAUGUGGGAGAACAUGUCCAUACCUUGAUCCAGCUUAUAGAGCAGCUUGAGGCAUUAGAUUUUUCCAUGGACUUUUCUCUUCAAAUGGAUUUGAUCCUUCAAUCCUUGCCAGAGUCUUUUAGAAGCUUUAUCACAAACUUCCAUAUGACUAAAUAA